GGGGGUCUGGCUGUGUUCUUUCUCCUCUGUCUGUGUGCGAAUGCACAGACGGUUCAGUAGUAAUUUGAUGUGUGUCCCCGGGGACAUUUGAUGGAUUAAAGCUAAGCAGCUCCAUUUCGCAGCACCACCUGAUCUUCCACUGCCUGUGCCCCAUAUAAAGGCUGGCGUGAUUGCUGAUCUCAGCUAGUCUGACAGUCUCUCUCUCUCCCUCCUCUCUCUGUCUGUCUCCAUCUCUUCUCUUCCUCACUGGUCCCUUAAGCCUGCUGCAUCACAGGAGCUAUCCAGUGCUGAACAGGAUCGCUUUUAUUUUUUAUUUUUUUAUUUUUCCGGGGGAAGCUGGGGGAGCCAGAGAGUAUCACACAGCAUUGCCGGCAGCCUUGUUGUCCACUGGUUUCCAUUUUCUUUCUUAUCUUAUGUUUUUGGCUCUUGUCUUCACAUUAACCACAAGGAUUAUCGUCAAGCCAGCUCUGCUUGUGUGCUUCCUCAGAAGGGUCUUUUCAUUUCUCUCAUGCGUUUUUCUCAGCUCUGUGUUUUUAUCCAUUGAAACAUGCCCCGCUCAUUUUUGGUAAAGAAGAUCAAGCUUGAUGAUUUCUCUUCGUCCAAUGUGGCAACUUCCAAUCAUCAUCACCACCUGGACGACUCGUUCACUUUUGCACGCUCCAUCACAGACUCGGUGACCAGCCUCGGGGUUCGUCUCAGCGAGAAUGGAUACAUCCAGGAUUACAUCACGCCAUCUGUAUACCAGGGGGAGAAGAAGAUGGAGCACAAGCUUGCUUCACCAGUGUCAGACCCCCUGUACACCCAGGUGAGCAGCGGAGGGGAGUACUGUGACCCUGACCUGAAGCACCCCGACAGCCCCCAGUCUGGCAUGACCGCCAGCGGCUUCUACACUGGUGAAUCGGAGGCCCUGGCCGAGGGUUACACCAUGGAUGCCUUCUUCAUCUCUGAUGGGCGCUCGAGGCGAAAGGGAGAUGGGGAGAGUCGUGGUGGAGGCUCCAGAAGCAGCAGUGCCAACGCUGGGGCUCAGGAGAGGGGAGCCGGCACGCCUCGCCACACCUGCAAUGAGUGCGGCAAGACGUACGCCACCUCCUCCAACCUCAGCAGACACAAGCAGACGCAUCGCAGCCUGGACAGCAAGAUGGCUCGCAAGUGUCCCACCUGUGGUAAAGUGUACGUAUCCAUGCCAGCUCUGGCCAUGCACAUCCUCACCCACGACCUCAAGCACAAGUGCGAGGUGUGCAACAAAGCCUUCAGCAGGCCGUGGCUGCUUCAAGGUCACAUGCGCUCACACACGGGGGAGAAGCCCUUUGCCUGCGCCCACUGUGGCAAAGCCUUUGCUGACCGUUCAAACCUCCGCGCCCACAUGCAAACACACUCUGCCUUCAAGCACUACAGAUGCAAGCGCUGCAAUAAGACCUUCGCUCUCAAGUCCUACUUGAACAAGCACUAUGAGUCAGCUUGCUUCAAGGGCUCUGCAGACGAAGAUGACUCUGGAUCAGAAAACUAACCACGAGGAAGAAGUAAAACACUGAACCCCUGUUGUAGGUUCACAACCAAUAACCCUGUUCACUCUGCCCUCCAUGCCUUUUUUCUUCCCUUUUUUUAGAAAGCAAUAUUUUCACUGAGAUUACGUGAAGAAACUCUAAUGAUUAUGGCAAAGACAAUUUCAGAAGAUGCUGGAUUUUUUUCCCUGCACAGUAGCUAAUCGUCCACAGAAACAUACAAUCAAACAACCUUCCCCCAAAUAGAGACUGUAGAUGAUAGAUGUACACAAUUCAGCAACAUGCUUGCCACGGAUGUGGGAACAUGGAAACACACAAAGACAUGCGUGCACACACAG